AGCUGUAGAGCACAAGGGAUUCCUAUUCAAUGAAAAAUUCCAGACAAGUCUCUCUAAAAUGUGCAGACAAGAGCAGACCUAUCAAGAAGACAUUCAACAUUUGUUCUGGACCUCAGAAUAAUUAUGUAUAUCUCUAACACAUGUGUUCUACAUGGGGCUGCCCUUGAAGACUGUCCAGAAGCUGCAGCUGGUGAAUAACACAGGAACUUGCCUUCUGUCCAGGUUGGAUCACCAGAAGUUCAUAACUCCUGUGCUCCAGAGACUACACAGGCUCCCAAUAACUUUCUAAGUGAAAUUCAAGGCCAAUUCUACUUCUCUCUACUACUCCUUAUCACUUGGUACCAGCUGUGAUCAGACUGAGUUAAAAUAAAGGAUAAACAUUCAAAGGUGGUUGUAGAAGAUAACAAGCCUAAACUGUUUAUCCUCUUGAACAAUUCAGAAUGUCACUAAAACUGCAAAAUCUCACUGUGACUCUUCAGGAAUCACCUGAACUCCUACAAAAAGCCACAGGCCCUUUUUAGAUCAAUAUGGACUACAACUUCAGACAAAUGUUUGAUGGAGAGACAAGGCAUUGCUGAACAUUGUUGCAAGAGGCAUAUUUUGUUCAUGGUAACUGGAAGUAUAGGUAUCCAUGGAGUUACUCUAGGCAAAUAGCUAAGUCAGUGUCAGUGUCACAGGAUCAGGUGACAGUAGCAUUGGGAGAGUUAUAAACCUAAAUGAAUAUUGCUAUAUUAAUGUUCUGAACAUUUAAAUAACUUGUGCCCUUGCAGUGAUUAGCAGUGUUAAUAUCAGAAUAAAGAUCUUGUCAGAUCCUCCAUGUGACUUUAAUGUGCAUUCAUUUGAUUUACUUAGACCAUUAAUGAAGAUGACAUUUGACAAGGAGGAAAAAAAUAUUGCUUUUAGGCAUGGCUGAUGAAAACAUUCAGCUAUUGUAGGGUUUUUUAUUCUUUCUUUCAAAUCAACCUUUAAAAAGAAAUAUUUUGGAAUCAUACAAUUUGAAACUUAGCGAGUAUGGGAAGCUGAAAAUAUGUGAGUAGGAUGACAGAUGUUUGGAUCAGAACAAUCUGAGCUAUAGCAACAAGACUAGUAAUUGCAAAAAAAAUUAGAUUUGAGUGUCUGGGUCUAAUUCUAACAACAACUUUGAAAUGCUCUAUUGAUCCUUUUAAGACUGUGUUUGAGCAAUUUGCCAGAAUGUUUAACUUUUAAAAUGCUGUUUCUUAAAAGAACUGGUUGAGGUGUGUGUGCCAGUAUUGAUUUACCAUUUCAGAUUCAAGGCUUAAGUGAAACUCAGGAAAACUUGGCUUCGGAGUUGGUGCCAGCGUGUGGGGUUCAGCUUCCUAGACCACAAUCUGUUCUUCCAGGAUAGGACAUUGCUGGGACAUGAUGGUCUACCUUUGUCUCCAAAAGCUAAGAGUUUGUUUUCUUACAGGUUGUCAGACCUCCUGUGUAGAGCUUUAAACUACCUUUGUUGUGGGACAGGAAUGCUGAAGACAGGGUGAAACCAGGAAUGACAAGCCAUGAACCGCAUGCUGGAAUAGACCAAAUACUAAGGGGCUCCCUAAGCAUCAGGAUGGGGGAGUACUAAGGACACCUACUGGGGGGCGUAGGUGUCUGUACUAAUGAUAAGAGUAUUGUGAAUGAGCAGGAGGAACUUGCAAUCCUUCUUGCAAACAAAGAUUUUGACCUGGUUGGGCUAACAGAAACCUGGUGGGAACCUACCCACAAUUGGGCAGUGGGCAUUGAGGGGUAUAGGCAGGAUAGAUUGGGGAAAAAGGAGGGGGCAUUGCUUUAUACAUUAAGGAGCAUUAUACAUCUUCUGUAAUAAAGAAGGGGACAGAAGAAGGGGAGAUUGAAGUCCUGUGGGUCAGAUUACAAGGGGGGGUAGGGGUGAAAGGGACUUGGUAGUGGGGGUCUACUACAGACCCCCACACCAGGAGGUUAGACCUAGAAUUCUUGAGACCACUCUCAAGGGCAGUAUGCUCAAAGGACCUGGUUGUCAUGGGUGACCUAAAUUACCCGAACAUCUGCUGGGAGAAGCAGUCAGCCAGGUCUGCCCAUUCACACAUGUUCCCAACCUGCAUACAGGACCUGCACCUAACAAAGGAGGUAUGCACUUCCACUAGGGGAAAAGCCUUACUUGACUUGGUGGGGGAUCUGCAGGUAUGAGGUAACCUAGGAGAUAGUGACCACUGUGGCAGGGCACUAUUGGUGCCUGCCACAUUAAGUGCAGUCAGGCAGCUACCAGGUGCCUGAUGGCGGCAGCCAUUUUGAGAACCUUGUAUAUAAAGGCUACAGUUUGCUGCUGCCAGGCCAGGCAGCCUAUCUGAGCUGCAGUAGGAACAGCCAGGAGGUAAGGACAAGAGCUGACAGGGAUGGCUAGGAUGCUCAUGGUCCUGGGCAUGACCUAAAACUGCACCCUGCUGGGAGUGGAUGGCCUGGUGGGGUUCCCAGUGGUACAGAAGCUCCCAGGAAAUACCAGGCCAGUUACCACCCUGGUGAAAGGUGGGUUGGAUAACUUAAUAACCCCAGCUCCCACAUCCCUGGUGGGCAAGAUCAAGCAAGGGGGGCCCCAGAAUCACUGUGGGAGCACUGAAACAGGGCCCAGGUUGGUGGAGGGACCUGUAGUGGCACUCAAACUCUGCGGUGGAGGUCUGAGGCUGCAUAAUGGAGUCAUCAUGAAGGUCCAGGGGGGUGGAGCCCUGAGUCUUGGGGAGCUAUUAAGGAAGCUUCUGGGGGCCGGGGAUAAGGGGAUUGCCCAGGGAGGGCUUGGGGACAGGGCUCGGAGCCCUGAUCCCAGAGGAGGAGCUGGAGCCCUGAGAGUGAGGAAGGGGUUGGAGACCCAAGAGUGUAUGUAUGGGCUUUUAGCCCAGUGUCUGGGCCUGGGGCCUUGUGUAUGUUGCUGUGUGUGCAUGUACAGAGUAAUCCCAGUGUGAGGGUGCUGGAACCAAGAGCUCUGGUGUAGAGUGAAAGUUCCAGUGAGACUCUGAAGCUCAUGUUCAAGUGGUAGCUAGCUGGAGGAAACUCCUGUGAGGCUUGGGCUGUGGUGUAGGGGAGGAAUGGAGCCACAGAAAGCGCCCAAUGACAUUGAGGCAGGAAAAUGGGCAGCCUCCUGCCUAAUUAACGCCAUAACUAUGUAUCAACAAAGUGUGGCAGGAGAGAGAGGUGGGUGGUUAGCCCAGAAACAGGUGGGCAGGCCAACAUCUGACAGGCCCAGGGAAGGCCCACUUGUUACAACCACCUGUUGAUAGGAUUCACUAUCUGGCAUAAGGUGGGAAAGAUAACUAUUGGGGCAGAAGUGCUUGACUUCUGGAAGGCCAACUUCAAUGAGUUUAGGAGAUUAGUUAGAGUGGGACUGAGGGGUAAUAACAUCGGUGAGUUGGGAGUCCAAGAAGGGUGGGAGUUCCUCAAGGGACUGACUCUGUAGAUACAAAGGGGUACCAGCCCAGUACACAUAAAGGGAGGCAAAAGAGCCAAGAAACCCUCUUGGCUGAGCAGGGAAAUCCAGGAGAUCCUACAGGGGAAAAGAGAGGCUAACUGGCGGUGGAAGCAGGAGGCCACUAAAGAGGAGUAUACCUGCUUGGCUCAUGCUUGCAAGGCAGCAGUGAGGAAGGCCAAAGCAGAAACAGAACUUAGGCUGGCAACUAUGAUGAAGGGUAAAAAAAAGUCCUUCUUUAAGUACAUAGGGAGAAAGAAGAAGGUGCAAGGUAACAUAGGGCCACUACAGGAUGGACUAGGGCAACAAGGGUCAUUCCUUAAGGAGAUGAUACUCAAGGCCCAAGUGGUGACGAUCCCAACAAGAAGUAAGGGGGGCAAGAGUGCCCAAAAGCCUCCCUGGCUCACCAAGGAUGUCCGGGAAUGCCUGGUUGCCAAAAAGGCGGUGUACACCUGGUGGAAGCGGGGGGCUAUCUCCAAAGAAGAUAUACCUCCACUGCUUGGGCCUAUAGGGGACAUAGGAAAGCUAGGAAAGCUAAGGUGGACAUAGAGCUAGGACUGGCGUUCAAGAUCAAAGAUAAUAAAAAGUCCUUUUUCAAAUAUAUAGGGAGGAUGAAGAAGGCACCGGGAAAUGUGGGGCCCCUGCAAGAUGCGCUGGGCAAUCUGGUGGUUGCGCCAGAGGAGAAGGCAGAGCCCUUUAACAAAUUCUUCACCUCCGCUUUCUUGUGCAGGGACCGGGACUCCCCCACUGUGUUUCAAGAUGGACUCGAGGGGAACGCCUCAAGACCUAGGGUUGAGCAGGACCAGGUUAGAGUGCUUCUGGAGGGGCUGGACACGUUCAAGUCAGCAGGUCCAGAUGCUCUCCACCCCAGGGUGUUGAGGGAACUAGCAGGGGUUAUUGCUGGGCCCUUGGCAUGGUUUGAUGAGUGCUCGUGGUACUCAGGCCAGGUGCCAGAUGAUUGGAAGAUAGCCAAUGUGGUCCCCGUCUUUAAGAAAGGGAGGAGGGAGGACCCGGGCAACUAUAGGCCCAUCAGUCUUACCUUAAUCCUGGGGAAACUCUUUGAGAAGAUCAUCAAGGAGCACAUCUGUGAUGGGCCAGCAGCAGGGAUGAUACUCAAGGGCAACCAGCACGGUUUCAUUAGGGGCAGGUCAUGUCAGACCAACCUGAUUGCCUUUUGCAAUCAAGUCACAAAAGCAUUGGAUGCAGGUGUCGCCAUUGAUGUAGUCUUUCUGGACUUCAGCAAGGCAUUUGACACCGUCUCCCACACGAUCCUCAUUAAAAAACUAGGCGACUGUGGCAUUGAUGCCUACACGGUCCGAUGGAUUGCUAAUUGGCUGAAGGGUCCAGAGGGUGGUGAUGGACAGGUCAUAUUUGACCUUGGGGGAAGUGGGCAGUGGAGCCCCCCAGGGCUCAGUCCUUGUGCCCGCACUGUUCGUUUUCUUUAUCAGUGAUUUGGACAUAUGGGUGAAAAGCAACCUGUUCAAAUUUGCUGAUGAUACCAA